GACGUCAUCAACGUGCGUUUGUCGUUUCUAAAGUGGUGAGCUGGUUUUGAGUAGCAGGGGGAUUCUACAGUUAUAAUUUUGCCCUCUACCGUCCUACUAUCCUACUCACCAUGACCAAGCUUCUGGAGUGGCUUCUUGGUGUGUCACUGAUUGGCAUUGCAUGGGGACUUGUUACUUUUGACCUUCUUGACUUACAGUUGCCUCCACAGUAUAAGGAGAUGGCUUGGCCGAUGCCCGUGUAUCUGCUGGUGGCAUUUGGGUGUUAUUCACUGGCGACUGUGGGCUACCGUGUGGCCACCUUUAAUGACUGUGAGGAUGCAGCCAAGGAGCUGCAGGCGCAGAUACAAGAAGCCAAAGAGGACUUGAGGAAGAAAGGGUUGAAGAUGUAAGAAUUGUUUGGGAAGACUAAAUAAACUAUGUUUCUCACAUACUACUACAUUUCAGCAGAGUUUUUUUUCAUCAACUUCAUGCACAGAUGCAAACGUAGUUUCAUCAUCUUUU